AUUCCGGAACUAGUACUAUUAACCAUUACCGCGACAAUAUCGAUCGUUUCGUCGACGCGGGAAAAAGGUGGGGGCGAAAUUAAGGAACAACGAGCAACGACUCGUCGACUCGAGUAACGUUCGAAACUCGUCGAAAUUUCGAUCGCAAAACUCGAGGAUUAAUCUUCACGAGCGAUCGAUCACGAGGUUAAACGAUAAUUUGACCAGAUUUCCCCAUUUUGUAUUCCCAUCGUCGAACGAUACUCGAACAAGAUCGGGCCAGAAAUUAAAUUCAAUCUACAAACGCGUCCCGCCUCUGAAUUCGAGAAUUUCGCAUCCGAGGAGGAAUUCCCUCGCGAGAAGGACGCACCGAAUUCCGAUGAAUAAUUCACGAUUGGAUGAUGGCGCGACCUUGGGCCAAUAUUCGGGAUUCUCGGAUCGGAAGGAAGCGUUCUCGCCCAUUCUGUUGGCCAAGGUCGAGUCGACGACGACUCGGUUCGAUCACGUGGCCGCCAUCAAAAAGAUCACCGACUCGCUGUUGGCUCGAGGUGUUUCCAAAUUAUCUUUCAACGAGAAUGAGAACAUCGUUGAGAACCCCGUUCCAUCCUCCAUUCCCCCCCCUCACGCCCAUCAUUCCGUCGAUCGUCACUGGACCUCGAAACGAACGUCCAACAGGACGAAAAUUCGUCGCCCAUCCUCGCCUCAUCUUCCAUCAAACUCGAAGAAGAAGAAUAAUCAGAACAAGAUCGUCCACAAGAAUAAUUCUUCCUUCGAUUCGAGCUUGAAGAAUUGGCCCAACACAGGCGUUCAGAACGCCGAGGAUUUCCACAAUUACGAUAAGUACACCUCCUCCAUGGAACAAACUGACCCGAUCAAACUUGAGAUCGCGCACAAUCCAUCGAGAAAUUCCACUUUCGAUCAUCACGCUGACCCUGUUUCACAGAGGCCGAUCUCCAAUCUCCAAGAAAUAGUCCAUUGGUUGAAGAUCCCUGCCUUCGUGACGAAUGGUAGCCACGUGGUGGAGGCCGACCAAAUCGAUAAUCCUGUCAGCGUCACUUUCGAUUCCGUAUACCAAAAUUUGGAGCCGAACGAGCCUUCCAACCCGAACAAACCGCAAAUUCCGAGACCGGGUUUCAUUUAUCCUCUUCAUCGUCCGAGCCACGCCACGGAAAACGUUCCGAAUCGCGUAGAAAACGAUCCGCCGAGAAACAAGAGCGAAAAUUCUCUCGUUCGCAAUCCUCAAACCCACGUGUCCCAGAACACCGUGCUUCAUUUCGUAAAUCUAGACCCGUCGAGAAUACCUCCGGGACACGUCCAACCCAUCUCCUCCUCCAACACUUUCGCUUCUCCUUCUCCCUCGACUGUUCUUUCACAAUCGUAUCCUUCUUCGACCACCUCCAAACCAGGAGGUCCAAACAGGGUUCACAUAGGCUUCACUUCUUACGAGGAGAGCAAGAAUCCGUUAUCCAAUCAGAAACCUCAAACUCCGAUGGUAACUUACGACCAGAAUUGUCCCACGAUACUAAUAAACUCGUACACGAGGAUCAACAAUACGAUACAGAGCAAAGAGGGUUGCACGGAUCUGAACAUCGUCAUCAAUUCUCACGUGUUCAACUCGAACGUGUACAAGUCAUCCACCCCUUCUCCUUCGACCACCGACCACCGGAUCAAUUCCGAAUAUUAUCAGAAUUAUCACGAUCAGGUGGAUAAAUACGGUGUCAGCGGGACAGGAUCUCUUGUCGACGAUUAUUAUCGACCCGUUCCUACUUACCGACCCCCCACUCCCCAAAACGAUCCAGAGGAGACCGACCAGAUCCUCUCUCAACAGAACGACGUUUCCAAUUUCGAAGUGGUGCAGGACACUCAGAUCAGCAUCACGAAUUCGGAUCAAGCUUCUCAAACCGGUUCAGAUUCUGCAACGAUAGUUGGCACUGACGUUGGCCAAGCGAACGAUCCUUCGCCCGUCGAUUCUCUCGUUCGUCCGGCCGUGGCGCCACUUGCCAACUCGGACUCUUCCACGGGAUCCUCCUUACUUUCCCCAGUCGGCGGUCUGCCCUCUUCCGCCACGGCUCGUCCAAUCGAGGACGAGGAGGAGGACGAGGAUUACGAUUUGUCCCCAACCGGUAUCAUGGAUUCCAUAGCCUCGGCCUUCGCCUAUCUCGCCUUCAAUCCAUUGCAUUACGGCUUCUUCAGCUUGGCGGCUGCUCCCUUCACCGCCCUCGCGGCUGGAAUCCUCGGCGUAGUCACGUUUCUCUAUCCUUGGCUGUUCCCUAGCUCCUUCGGUUUCGCCAGGGCCAACGAUAACGCGAGCCAGAACGGUUAUUGGUUAUCCGGUUUCGAGGAGGUGGUUAGACAGUCUAUGGAGAGGUACGGAAGGAUGAACGAAUGGAAGAGCAAGAGGAAGAAGAGGAAGAGAUGAAAACGAAGAUCUUUCUCUCUCUCUCUCUCUCCUCUUUUUUCGCCGAGAUCUUUCGAGAUGUUGGAUGAAAAUAUCGUUGCUUUAAUUCUUCUUUUUAAAAAGCUUUAAAUAAUUAAUUCGUAAAUUUUAUUUUAUAUAUAUAUCGUUCAUCGAUUAUUUAUUAAGGGGAAACGGGUGUUAGAAUAACGUUUGUUUAGACUUCGGGCAAAUAACCUCGCCAACGAUAGCUUUAAAUCUAACGCGUUAACGAGU